AUGCCCAGAGCAUUCCGCGUACGAUUUUCCAAACAAGGCAGAUCAGUCGACCCGAGCCUUCACAUUGACGCUGCUUCCGAUCCAGCUCUUGCUGAGGCGCGCCCCCGCCAGAAAAGUCGCUACGGGUGCCUAGAAUGCAAGAAGGGCAAAGUGAAGUGCGACGAGGCGCAUCCGAGCUGCAACAGAUGCCAACGGCGAGGGAUCAAAUGCACCGUGACCGCUAGGCUAUCUCGAUGGCGCCUGGAGAAGCCGGGGUUUGAUUGGCCCCCGUCAUGCCCGGCACCGUCUUGCUCGCUGCGCAUCGACGCCCGCCUCCUACAAUGGUGGAUGGAUGCGACCUGCAAGAUACUGGUCCUGGACCUGCACCUCAACCCUCUUUCCUUGCCGCUCAUCGAGCAUCUCGGAGUCUCCCCGGCGUUGUGCCUCGCCCUGGAGAGUUUCAGCCUGGGGCACAGGGGCUGUUGGGCCACCAAGUCCAGGGUGGAGUUCUUCGAGAAACGGAGCCACGCCUUGGGUCUGUGUCGCGAGGAAUUGACCUCCAAGGCCGUACCACUCGAGACCAGCUUCUACACCGUCAUGCUACUGGGUCUCACCACGCCGUUUAUGGAAGACAUUGACGACUACGGCAAAGAGCAUCUGAUCGGCGCGCGCACCAUCUUGGAAAUCCUCCUCCGACAGAAUGAUUCGACGCGCGACCCCAAGAUCGAACAACUCCUCGCCUACUACACCUGGUGGGACAUGUCGUGCUCCUUUUCCGUCGACCCGCGAGAGAUACCGGCCCUGAGUACUUCGGAGGUCCUGUCGGUCACCAGCCGCGGCGACGCCGGGCCCGUCGGGGCUCGAUUCGCAGGGUGCAUGGUGGAGAUCUACCACUUGUUGGGACUCUUGUUGCGUUACUGUAUGCAGGUCCUGCGAGGAGGUGCCCGCGACCCCGAGCACGAGCGGACCCUGGAACUAGCGCUGACGAGUCGGUAUCGUCCCGAUCGAAUCCGAGACGAAGACGUGCUCUUCGCCGAGGCCUUUCGGAACCACGGCCUCAUCAUCCUGUACCGCGUCUGUCGAAUUCGAAGAACGACCGACGUCCAAGGAGGAAUGCCCUGGACCGACAAUUCGUCGGUGGCGAGCCGCAUACACGGAUAUGCCCUCAAGAUCAUUUCCCUGGUGUUGCCGACUCAAAUCGGAACCCCCUUCUGGAACUCUCUGGCCAUUCCGCUGUUGACGGCAGGGUCGGAACUCACCGUCGAUGACCAAGUGCUGAGGAACAACGUCAGGGAGGCAUUUUCUUCCGUCUUGAACCAGUGUCGGACCAACACGGUGGCGCGAGCCAAAGACCUGCUCGAGGAAGUUUGGAUCAGACGUGACAACGGAAUCGAAAUAUCGUAUCUAGAAUUGGCGCUACAGAAGGGAUGGAAUUUCUCCUUGGUAUGAAGAUUUAGGGAACCUUUAUCUUGCUGAUGCUCAUGUCAUUGUUGUCUUCUCGAAGGGGAGAGAAUGCUUGAAAACACUGUUCAUCUCUAGUCAAU